CGUUCUCGUCGUUGUUGCAAUGGUGGACAAAUGUAUUGAGUUGGCGUUCAAUAAAGAUAAACCUGAAAUUUAUUUUGUAGAAAUCUGGUUAACCAAUGUUUAAAAAACGCCAAUAUUUGGGUGAUGUAUUAUCUGCGUAGGUGUGACACAUCGUAUGUUUCCCACUUAUAGGAAUUUGUGGUUGCAUGGGAAAGAGGACAUGCCCGCCAGCAUCCAUUUAUUGUUUUAUUGCUAUAGCGUAUAAUAAAGGACGAUCGUGUUGUGUUUUCAUAAAUUGCGGAAACAUAUCGAAAUUGUUAUGUUAAUUAUAUGGGAGAAGCAUCGUAGACUUUAGGUUUAAAAGUUGUAGUUUACAAAGCAAUUCUCACAAUGUUGCAAAGUGUGCAGUUCAGUCAACCUCCUCCCCCGAUGCCGAAUCUCUCCAUACCACCUCCUAACUUUCCACCGCCCCAGCAACCCCCGCCGCAGCAGCAACAGCUUCGUUAUGGAACCGAUCCAAGAGGAGUACACAGGGGACAUUUUUUCCAGCCUUUCCGUCCGUACACCAGACCAGGCCCUGUAGGUGCGGAUAGUGAGUUUGAUGGCAAACGAUUGCGCAAAUCGGUUAUGAGAAAGACAGUUGACUACAACUCAGCAAUAAUUAAAAUGUUGGAGUCUCGGGUGUGGCAACGUGAUUUCCGAGACAGACGGUCGCUGCAGCCGGAUGUGCUGUACUACCCAGACCUCCAGCCGCCCCCAGCGUAUGCAGAUAAUCCCAUUAACUCAGUGACCACACGUUUUGUCAAGACUGCUACCAAUAAAAUGAGGUGUCCCAUAUUCUGCAUGGCGUGGACACCGGAGGGGCGCAGACUGGUCACAGGAGCAUCCAGUGGAGAGUUCACAUUGUGGAAUGGACUCACGUUCAACUUUGAGACAAUAUUGCAGGCUCACGACAGUCCAGUGCGGACGAUGGUGUGGUCGCACAAUGAUGUGUGGAUGGUGACUGGGGACCACGCAGGCUACGUCAAGUACUGGCAGAGCAACAUGAACAAUGUGAAAAUGUUCCAGGCGCACAAGGAAGCGAUUCGUGGCCUCAGCUUCAGUCCGACGGACCACAAGUUUGUGACUUGCUCUGACGAUGGCACCCUCAGGAUAUGGGAUUUCAUGCGCUGCCACGAAGAGAGGAUACUCCGAGGGCAUGGAGCUGAUGUGAAGUGUGUUCACUGGCAUCCGCAGAAAGGUCUCAUCAUAUCGGGCAGUAAAGAUAACCAGCAGCCAGUCAAAUUGUGGGAUCCCAAAACAGGACAGUCUCUGGCAACACUGCACGCUCACAAGAGCACUGUGAUGGACAUCAAGUGGAAUGCUAAUGGCAACUGGUUAGUGACUGCAUCGCGAGAUCACUUGCUGAAGCUAUUCGACCUGCGGAACUUGUCAACGGAGGUGCAGACCUUCCGCGGGCACAAAAAGGAGGCGUCGUCUGUGGCCUGGCAUCCAUACCACGAGGGCCUCUUCUGCAGUGGGGGCAGUGACGGAGCUAUCCUCUUCUGGCACGUUGGGGCAGACAAGGAGGUGGGCGGAAUCGAGCAGGCACACGACAGCAUCGUCUGGACACUGGCGUGGCAUCCCCUCGGGCACAUUCUCUGCUCGGGCUCGAACGACCACACCAGCAAAUUCUGGACCCGUAACCGUCCGGGAGACCAGAUGCGAGACAAGUACAACCUCAACACACUGCCAGCCGGGCUGACAGGUGUCGAUGACCAGGAUGUCGAUGAGCCAGCAGUGAUUCCCGGCAUGGGUCCAGAGGACAAGGUGGAGACGACCGAUGGGACAACGCCAGCUCCUGCGGCUGCGUCUCAGAUCCCCGGCCUUGACUUUGAGGGUGUUGAGGACAGGCAUCGGCAGCUGCACAAAAAGGUUCCAUACUCAAAGCCAAUUCCACGCAACUUCCAAGCACAGUGGAAUGAGACUAAACUCAAUCAUGAAGAUGGGAUGGACGAAGACAGUGACGGCGAAGAGGGCUGGCGAAACAGGCGGGGAGGAUCCGCCAAGGACCCCAUCAGCGAGGUCAUCUCGCAGAUCAUGGAGACAAACCCUCCACCCGGGGUGGUGCCCCUGUCUCAGCUGCAGCCGCAGGCUAUCCUCAUCUACGGCAAACUCAUUCCCGUUGAAGGUAACCCCGUGCUGUUGGAAGCGAUCCAGCAAGGCGGCGAAGCCCUCCGCAGGCUGAUCGACUCUGGCGAGAUCGAGGAGCUGCAGGACGUGAUGCCGCACAACGACGAUUCCCCCGCACUGGGCGGCAAUGCACGCGGCUCCAACACUGUGUCUGCGGCAGUCGUGACGCCCCGCGCGCACCCACGGAAGCCCGAGUACAGGGAGCCCGUCGCAGACCGGUCGGUUAACGAUUCCGACCGAGACGAGACCAGCAAUGACUCCUAUCGUAUGGACACCGACCCUCACAACAAUACGAGGCACCACGAUCCGCUACCGAUGCCGGGCACGCGGCAGCGGCGGACUCGCUUUAGCGACCUGCCGGCGCCAGACCUGAGCAACGACGACAGCCAGCAGCAGAUGCAGCGGCCUCAGGACCACGAGAUCGAGGAGUUGCCGCACCAGGACAAGGACAUGCGGCAGACGCCACUUUCGCACCCACACCAGCACCAGAUUCCUUACUCCACUUCGGCACCAAUGCAGAAUAUGUCCGAUCAGGACAUGCGGUUCCCAGCCGGUCCCCCCACCCUUCUGCCCACGCCGGGCAGCGGUCGGGAUGUCGACCUGCGCAACACGGACCUGUACAGCGACUUGCCGCCUCCGCUGAUGAGUUCGCCGAUGUCCGGCAUGUUGUCAACAACAGGAGAUAGUGAUCUGCGUCGCAUGCCACUGCUGCCGAGUGCAGGGCUGCCGCCGGUUCGUGGGAUGGACGAGGACUUGCGAGUCCCUCCCCAUGCCGACAGAUAUCGAGACAUCGGCCCGGUGGAGGACCACGACAUGAGGCAGCAGUGGGCACCCAGUGGGGGUGGGGGACCCGCACCUGUCCCUGGAGGCCCACGGAAGAGGCGCUGGGGAGCGGACAAUGGCUCGGACGAUGGACGACCUUCUACUCCACAGCCGUACCUGCAGCGUAGCAGCAGCGGAUCGGUGCGGACCUACGAUCGCGACCAGCGAGGGAGGAGCCCCAUUCUGCCCGACUACGAGCCUUACAGCCGUGCGGAAUAUCGACGUGGUGGGAUAGGCUCCGGCAAGCUACCACCACCCAGGUACAGGGACGAGGGCUACGACGGCUAUCCGGGGUCACCCUCCGAAGGCGGCGAGGAUGUCGGCCCGGAAGGAGACGCCGGUCACGACUGGCCACCCCCCACUGGCGGACCCAGGGUGGCAGGAGGUGGCCUCCUCCCACAUCCGUACCCACGCCCGAGGGACAGCACCAGCAGCGGGGCCGACCUCGGAUCCGGUGGCUACCGGGGCCGCUCUCCUAACAGCUACCGUGGUGACACGAGAGGGGGUGGGCGGGGUGGUGGCCGCGGAGGUCGGUAUUCGUCCAGGGGGCGGGGGUCGAUGAGGGGUGGAGCUGGGAAGAGGGGAGGUGGAGGCUUCUGA